CCGGUGUUGCAUCCAGCUAGGCUGUCUCCACUGCAGGGAGAUCCAGCCAGAGACUGAUUCUGAGCAGCAGUCCUGACUGCGCCCAGUCGCCAUGCCUGCCCCGCUGCUCCCACUGCUGCUGCGAGGGCUGCUGUCGCGUCUGCUGCUUCCUGCUGCCCGCCUGGCCCGCCAGCACCUCCUGCCCUUGCUGCGUCGGUUGGCCCGUCGCCUGAGCUCCCAGGAUGUUCGAGAGGCUCUUCUAGGCUGUUUGUUGUUCAUCCUCAGCCAGCGACACCCGCCAGAUGCUGGGGAGACCUCCAGAGUGGACCGCCCGGAGAGAAGGGAGAGGUUAGGCCCCCAGAAGUGAGGCCACACGUUCUGGCAGCAGCCAUAGCCAUCGCAACGCUUUCUCCUGGAAUAGGAGUA